AUGGCGUUGAAGGUGACGGAGAUGGCCGGGGGAGUCGAGAGGCUCGAGCAGAGGUCGAAGGGUCAGUCCCAGGAGCGAGAUCGGCGAGAUGAAGGGCCGCUCUCUUCUGGACUGAUCUCAAACCCUGUUUCAGCAUCGAAGGCUCCGGCGUAUGUGGGAGAAGGGUCGGGAAAGGCGGUUACGGGAGAACCUAGGAGUGCGUACGAGGCAAGGUUCACGGAGGAGACCGGGCCGGAGGAGGGUUCUUUCGUGACACCGCAACAAUCCUGGAGGGGACUGGAGGAGUGGAACAACCCGUUAACACGAAGGUUGAAGAUCCCUAUGUUCGAUGGAGAAGACGCUGACAGUUGGGUGAUCCGAACCGAUCAGUACUUUGAGAUCGGAGAUUUCACAGAGGAGGACAAACUAAAGGCGGUGAGGGUGUGCUUCGCGGGGGAGGCAUUGUCAUGGUAUCGGUGGGAGAGACACCAAAACCCGUUCCUCAGCUGGGAGGAGAUGAAAUCACGGGUGCUCAAACAGUUUUCAGUGUCUCGUGAUUCCAGUGACGAAGAGCGGUUGUUGAAAACGACGGAAGGGGGUGAAGGAAAGGUGGGUCGGGCCAGUAAUGGAAGAUUCCAGGCCCCAGCAACACGACCCAAUACACAGGGGAGUAAUGGGUCGUACCUAAACAAUCCCAAGUCGACUACGGGCACAACAACGUUGCAGAACAACGGAGAGCAAAAACCUCACAACCGCGUGAAACCACCGUUCCGUCACUUAACACUGGCAGAGAUCGCACAACAAAAGGCGGAGGGGCUAUGCUUUCGUUGCGACGAGAAGUAUCGGUACAACCACCAUUGUCCAAAGCCGGAGUUAAUGGUGAUUAUGGUCAUGGAGGAUGGCACGGAGAUUGAUGUACCAGAUUGCUCGGUGGAGGUCGAAGAGGCGUUAGCGGCGGAGGAAGUUGAGGUAGCAGAGAUUUCCAUAAGCUCGAUGAUGGGGAUCUCGUCGUCUCGAACCAUCAAACUGAUGGGAACGAUUCGGGGCGCAGAAGUGGUGGUCUUGAUCGACAGUGGGGCUACUCACAACUUCGUCUCGACGGAGUUUGUGAGAAAAAUGGAGCUGGAGACUGAUGAUAUGAAGGGGUACAGUGUGCUUACCGCCGGGGGAGUAACGAUUCGUGGUACCGGGAGGUGUAAGCCCUUGGAGUUGACGCUACAAGGGUGCAAGAUCACGUCUACGUUCCUUCCCUUGGAGCUCGGGAGCGUAGAUGUGAUUCUUGGCAUCCAGUGGCUAGAAACUUUGGGCAAUAUGAAGGUGAAUUGGAAGUGGCAGAUUUUGAGGUUUAAGGUGGAAGGAAAGAAGUAUCUGCUUCAAGGAGAUCCGAGGCUUUGCUGUUCUCAAAUUUCAGCUAAAACUUUGAGAAAGACAAUGGAGGUUGAGGGAGAAGCAAUGCUGAUCGAGUAUUAUGGGAUGCAGCUGGAGGAGAGGCCACUACAAGGAUCCUUAGCCACGAGGUUGACUCCCGUUCUUGAAGCUUACAGUCAGGUGUUUGAGGAACCGAAGGAGUUACCACCGUCCCGUGGUAAGGAACACGCUAUAGUACUUCGAACGGAUGCUCAGCCUGUCAGUGUGAGACCAUUCCGCUAUCCCCAAGCACAGAAGGAGGAUAUUGAAAAGCAAGUGGCUAAUAUUUUGGCAGCAGUGAUCAUUAGGGAGAGUAGCAGCCCCUUUUCGAGCCCGGUGCUCCUGGUGAAGAAAAAAGAUGGCAGUUGGAGGUUCUGUAUUGACUACAGGGCAUUGAACAAGGUGACCAUUGCUGAUUGCUAUCCCAUUCCGAUGAUCGAUCAACUGCUAGACGAGUUGCAGGGAGCAGUGAUCUUCUCCAAACUAGACCUGAAGUCGGGAUAUCAUCAGAUACUGGUCAAGGCGUGCAAUGUACCAAAGACAGCGAUCCGUACCCAUGACGGCCACUACGAGUUCCUCGUCCUGCCGUUCAGAAUGUCUAACGCACCGGCUACCUUUCAGUCGCUGAUGAUUGAUAUUUUUCGAGGGUAUCUGCGCAAGUUUGUCUUAGUAUUUUUUGACGACAUCCUUGUCUACAGCAAGACCCCUCAGGAGCACAUGGAACAUGUUCGCAUUGUGUUGGAUAUUUUGCAGCAGCAUAAGCUAUAUGCUAAUAAGAAGAAGUGUCAGUUUGGGACAGAAUCCAUUGAGUAUUUGGGGCACGUCGUCACCGCAAAAAGAGUGGCUGCUGACGAGGGAAAAAUGCAGGCAAUGAAGGAGUCGAAAGAGCCAAGAAACGUUAAGGAGUUAAGAGGGUUUCUUGGUUUGACGGGUUAUUACCGAAAAUUCGUGCAAGGGUACGGUGACAUUGCUAGGCCAAUGACAUCUCUGUUGAAGAAGAAACAGAGCAGUUCUCAUGCAGAACCAGAGGCCCUUGGCUUAUUUCAGCCAAGCAUUAACAGAAAGGCAGAGGAUGAAGUCAGUUUACGAGCGGGAGUUGAUGGCAAUAGUAUUUGCGAUCCAAAAGUGGCGUCACUACCUUAUAGGGAGGAAAUUUUUGGUCCGCACGGAUCAGAAGAGCCUGAAGUUCUAGCUCAAGCAGAGGGAGAUCAAUGUGGAUUAUCAGAAGUGGUUAACAAAACUACUGGGCUUUGA